CGGUGGAACCAGAGCCAAUCCAUCAAUAUGAAAGGAAUCAUGGUGUUGCUUUUAGCCAUAUUUGCAAGCACAUUGGCAUUUAAGGACUCUCCUAAGAUGUCAAAUGCAGUAGUUCUCUAUAAUGAACACGGACGCAUAACAAACGGCACAUUGGCAGUUAAAGGACAAUUCCCUUACCUCGUACGCAUACGACUAUAUUCUUUUGCAAACAAAAUUAAUCAAUGCAGUGGCAGUAUAAUCAGUAGUAUCUGGGUCUUAACAGCCGCGCAUUGCUUCGGUAACAUCAAUUACUGUGAUAUAUAUUUCGGAGAAAUCAGUGAAAAGACAGCAAGGUUUCAACAUAGAGUUUACAACAAGUCAUUCGUACUUCAUCCUGAAUAUGAUGGCGGAUCCAAACACAAUGAUGCUGCUAUGAUUAUCAUUCCACGCAUAUCUUUCUCGAAGUACGUUAACAAGAUCGAGCUGGCCAAUGAAGCUAAGCAUGCAAAUUUGACCGGCUGGCGGGCUUAUGCACCUGGAUGGGGCGCCCGUAACGACACUCCGAUCGUUUCCAAACACUUGUAUUACAUAAACGUGACAAUAGCCGACGAUGAGUUAUGCGAAGCGUUUCAUUACUUUCAACCCAGCCAACUUUGUGUGUCAACUGCGCACAACCAGUCCACUUGCCGAGGCGAUUCUGGCGGUCCUCUAACACUACACAAAGGAAAUUUCUUGGCUGGCAUAUCAUCGUAUGGCGGACCUUCUUGUUUGAAUAAUGUUCCACAAGUAUUCACUCGAGUGACCAAAAUAUUUACAUGGAUUCGUGAUGUGAUGGACAUUGUCAGCUAAUACGAAAUAUGGACACGUAAACAGUUUCGAUAUAUUUUUACAUGUAAUACAACAAAUUUGAUCAGCAAA